AUGUCGAACAGUGGACGUCGGCCUAAUUGCUCUGUGCGAAUGCUCACGGAGGAGGAAUCCACACAGGAUGUGAAUUGCCCAGCUUGCAAUCGGCCGGAUGUUGCCGAUCGUAUGAUGGUGCAGUGUGACUCGUGUGAUUCGUGGUAUCACUUCACCUGUGUGGGGGUGGAUGAGUCAGUGAAAGAUCGCAGUUUCCGCUGUGGGCGUUGUUCACGUCGAUCGUCUAGAGCUUCUUCACGAACGGGACGAUCAUCUUCAACAGCCGGAAUUCGUGAAUUGGUUGAGCUUGAACUACGGCGAAUCGAAGAGGAAAAGCAGGUGCAGGAUCUGUUGAUCCGUGAAGUAGAGGAACACGAACAGUCCUUACGUGAACGAGCAAUCCAGCAGGAGUUGGAGCUAAAGCGGAAAGCGAACCAAGAAAAGUGGCAACGAGAGAGGGAGUACAUUAGCAAAAAGUACAAUAUACUGCAGUCUGCAACGGAGGUAGGAGAUAGUGUGAGCCGGAAGAGUCUACGUAGUAACCCAAGCACCAGUAGCACGGUACGUCGUUGGUUGGAAACCCAGAUUAAUACAGCCGCGGUAGAAGUUACAACGAGUGUCAUCACCCCAGUGACCACCGCGUCGUAUACUGGAACUAUCCCGAAACGAACCUCUGCACAGGAUAGCGUUACCAGUAGCAAACUAGUCACAUCAGCUCUGACAGCCAAUGUUACAGAAAAAGCACAAGUCGUCGCUAGUUCCGAUGAGAAUUCGUUGUACAGCAUAGCUAUCGGUGGAGUAACUUCGCCAGAAUGUCGCCAAUCCAUUGAAGUCACUGAACAACCGGUCGCCGUUUCAGUUCCCGCGUAUCAUCCUGAUCAUCUAACAACCGAAGACGAUGUGAUUUCUCCUCCAACAACGAAGCAAUCAGCCUUAUCAAAAGUAUAUUCGCGAAUCUCGACGGCGGCCUUGAUGAGUCAAUCAAAUUUGGAGCAGCAAGUGCGGGAUCUUCAACGUCAACUUGAAAUCCUCCAGACUACGCAUAGUCACCGUACUCAACCGAGUCAUAUCCGUCAGUCAUCAAAUGCGUGCGACACGAGUAUACACGGUAGGGUAUCGUGUGAAGGUAGGUCGAAACAGCCUGUAGUCACAUUUUCGACGAGUAAAGCAGGACCGCCACGUUUCGGGGAUCCUCUGUUCAAUUCGACCCCGGCAACAAUCUCCUACACCCCUAGCGUAACGAAUGGUAUUUUCCUUGGUACUUUGCAUCCGUCAGUGUCAACUAGUGUUCCUCUAGCCAUGAACCAUUCCUCUGUAACAAGUAUCCCAAGUUACCCUAAUCCGAUCUCGUCACCGUGGGUUGCACCCAGUUUUCCACCAGUCGAUACGGUUUGUAGUCCAACCGCCCAACAACUUGCAGCCCGGCAUGUUGUACCGAAGGAUCUCCCACAGUUUGAUGGGAAUCCGUUGGAUUGGCCGCUCUUCUUUAGUAGCUAUUCUAAUUCUACUCAGAUGUGUGGUUAUACAGACGCGGAGAAUCUCAUGCGCCUACAACGCUGUUUGAAGGGAAAUGCAUUCAGUGCGGUCAGCUAUCAACUACUGCACCCAUCCUCUGUCCCUCAAAUACUAGAUACUUUGCGUACUUUGUAUGGCCGUCCGGAGCUUGUCGUGAACUCUCUGCUCAACAAAGUACGAUCUACGCCAGCACCUAGGGCAGAUAAAUUGGAAAGCAUAAUCAGUUUCGGGCUUUUAGUGCAAAAUCUUUGUGGCCAUCUUCGGUCAAUGGGUAUGAAUAACCAUCUCUCAAAUCCUACCCUUAUGCAAGAAAUGGUAAGCAAGCUGCCGGCAAGUGUGAAACUUAAUUGGGCUCUAUAUCAGCAUCAAAUCCCUACGGUAGACCUGGGCACCUUCGGGGACUUCAUGUCUACAAUCGUUUCCGCUACAAGCAACGUUACAUUCAGUAGCGACUUCGAUACAAAGCAAGAUAAGCCGAAGGGGAAAGGCUUCCUGAAUACCCACGACGACGGGGAGGUAGCAAACCGACAACUUGAUGGACAGCGUGAAAGCAAUAUCAUGGGGAGAGCGCCAAAUCAAGUGAAAUCGUGCCCAGUAUGUGAAAAACUGGGUCACAAAGUGAAGGAGUGUUACGUGUUCCAAAAAUAUAACGUCGAUGAACGUUGGAAGUUGGUCCAGCAAUUACAGCUCUGUCGACGUUGCCUGACUGCACACGGAAAGUGGCCUUGCAAAGCUCCGGUUUGUGGUUUGGAUGGAUGUGAGCUAAAACAUCAUAAACUACUCCACUCGAAUAAACAGGAGAGUGCAUCUACCAGUGAAAGUUCAUCGGUGGUCACUGCCACAAUAAAUGUUCAUCGUCAAAUGCCACGUUCUACCCUUUUUCGAAUAAUUCCAGUUCGGUUGUACGGUAAAGACUCUAGAGUAGAUGUGCUAGCUUUCUUGGAUGAUGGAUCGUCAUAUACUCUGGUGGAGCAGACCGUCGCAGAUCAGCUUGGCAUCAAUGGUAAAGUGGAACCCCUUUGUCUACAGUGGACAAACAACGUCACACGUACAGAAUCUGAUUCGAAAGUUGUCAAAUUGGGCAUCUCCGGCAUCUAUGGAAGCAAGCAGCAUACGUUGGAGGACGUACGAACAGUGAAAAGUCUCUGCUUGCCGCCACAAUCUCUUCGUUAUGAUGAAUUGGCGCAACAGUUCCCCUAUCUUCGAGGACUUCCGGUAACCAGCUAUAGUGGAGAACUUCCUCGCAUAUUGAUUGGUCUGGACAACACCAGUCUAAUGGUGUCACUGAAGAUGCGGAUGGGGAAGCCAAAAGAGCCUGUUGCGACAAAGACGAAACUAGGAUGGACAGUUUAUGGAAACGUGGAAGGCCUAGAAGAUCCACCAGAACAUCGACUUCUUCAUGUUUGCGCAGGACCAUCUGAACAGGACCUACACAAUUUGGUGGAAGAAUUCUUCUCUAAUGAAUGCACAGGCGUCAAAGUGGCGCCUCUAGUUGAAGCAGUUGACGAUAUUCGAGCUCGGGAAAUAAUAGAGAAGACAACGAUUCGUACGGAAACCGGGAGAUUCGAGACGGGACUGCUGUGGAAGUACGACCACAUUGAGUUCCCAGAAAGUCGUCCGAUGGCAGAACGACGUCUAAAGUGUCUCGAAAGAAAGCUGACAGCGGAUCCAACGUUACAUGAGAAAGUGCGGAAGCAUAUCAGUGAUUUGGAAGCGAAAGGCUACAUCCGGAAAGCAACGACCGUUGAAAUGCAGUGCUUCGAUCCUAGAAGGACCUGGUUUCUCCCUUUAGGGUUAGUCGUGAAUCCGAACAAGCCUGAUAAAAUACGUAUGGUGUGGGAUGCAGCUGCGAAAGUUGAUGGAGUAUCACUCAACUCAAUGCUCCUCAAAGGACCUGACCUUUUGACGUCGCUUCAGUCUGUUCUUCAUCGUUUUCGUCAACGUCAAGUGGCUGUGGUUGGAGAUAUCAGAGAAAUGUUUUUCCAGCUUCUCAUCUGCCCCCAGGAUCAACAAUCACAGUGUUUUGUCUGGCAUGACGAUCCGCUUCAACCCGUCGACGUUUACGUUAUCAAUGUUGCAACAUUUGGGUCGACAUGUUCGCCAUGCUCAGCCCAGUACAUAAAAAACCGCAACGCCGAAGAAUGGAGAUCCGAAUUCCCAGAAGCAGUCGACGCCAUCAUCUACAACCACUACGUGGAUGACUAUCUAGAUAGCAGGGAUACCGAGGAGGAAGCCAUUCGCAUAGCUACAGAAGUUAAAGAAGUUCAUUCCAAAGCAGGGUUUGAGCUUCGCAACUGGCUGUCCAACUCGGAAGAAGUUGUUCAACGGGUCGGGGAAAGUUCUGUGAGUUCCUCUAAGAACUUUGCCACGGACAAAACCACUGGCAUUGAAAGAGUCCUCGGUAUGCAGUGGAUCCCCAGUACAGACAGUUUUACCUUUACUCUGUGCCUGAGAGAUGACAUCGUACAUUUGCUGAAUGGCAAUAAAGUUCCAACGAAACGAGAAAUCCUUCGAGUCGUCAUGAGCAUUUUCGAUCCCCUAGGAUUAAUGGCAGCUUACGUAGUUCAUGGCAAGUGCUUGAUGCAGGAUGUUUGGAGGAGCAAAGUGGACUGGGACCAAGAAAUCCCGGACGAGAUCAACAAACGAUGGUGUGAAUGGACCAGGGCAAUUCGUCAAUUAGAUAACGUAACCUUGCCACGCUGCUACUUUCCAGGGUAUAGUCUAUCAAGUCUGGAGAACAUAGAAUUGCACGUCUUUGUCGAUGCGAGCUUAGUAGCUUUCUCCUGCGUGGCAUAUUUUAGAAUAGUAGAUCGUGAGCAAGUUCGAUGUGCCUUAGUAUCUGCGAAAACCAAAGUCGCCCCAUUGAAACCACUGUCUAUCCCAAGGCUGGAACUUCAAGCUGCGGUAAUAGGAAGUCGUCUCAUGAAAUCAGUUCAGGACAGUCAUACCUUGGCAAUUCACCGUCGGGUAAUCUGGAGCGAUUCCAGCACGGUUCUCUCGUGGAUCCAGUCCGAUCAACGUAAAUAUCGACAGUUUGUGGCAGUUAGAGUAGGUGAAAUCCUCAGUCAAACAACAGUGAAUGAAUGGAGGAAAGUUCCUGGUAGGCUCAACGUUGCUGACGAAGCGACAAAGUGGGGCGAAGGGCCAUGCUUCAAAAAACAGUCGAGAUGGUUCGCAGGUCCAGAAUUCCUAUACAAAGACGAAUCGGAGUGGCCGUCGAACAACCUUCCGGAGCCUGACUCUACCGAGGAGUUACUCCCAGUUAUAGCGCAUCAUCGGGGAUCUGCUACGCCGUUGAUCGACUACGAACGAUUCUCGAAAUGGGAAAGACUUCAGCGAGCAGUGGCGUAUGUACUUCGAUUUUGCGCAAAAUGUUCAGGCAAAGAGAAACAGAAACCUACUGAGAACGAAGCACACUUAUCUCGAAGUGAUCUGCAGACCGCAGAAGAAACAAUAUUCCGUUGGGUGCAAUUGGAGGCAUACCCUGCAGAAAUAGCAUCGAUCAGCAAACAACAACAGAUGAAACCGAGAGAAGCACCGAGGCUUGAAGGUUCAAGUCCACUCUACAAGUUAUCGCCGAAGAUAGACACCGACGGUAUGCUGCGUAUGGAUGGGCGCAUUGGUGCUGCUCAUUUCGUGCCAUAUACCACAAGGUUCCCUAUAAUUCUUCCAAAAACCCAUUACGUUACCAACCUGGUAUUGAAUUGGUACCAUCGACGGUAUGGGCACAGUAACAACGAAACUGUAAUAAACGAGAUUAGACAGAAGUUUCAUGUUUCCGGGUUGAGGAAUGCUGUUCGCACCGUCGCCAAGAAGUGCAUGUGGUGCAUCGUGCAUAAGAGUACUCCGGAUGUUCCCAGGAUGGCCCCUCUUCCAGAAUGUCGACUUGCAGCAUACGUCCGUCCGUUUACCUUUACUGGUAUAGACUAUUGUGGCCCUUUUUUAAUUCGCAUCGGUAGAAGCAACGUGAAGAGAUGGGUAGUGCUGUUUGUAUGCCAGACAGUUCGAGCUGUACACCUAGAAGUGGCGAGCAGUCUUUCGACGGAUUCGUGUAUUUUAGCGGUCAGAAGAUUUAUCGCUAGAAGAGGCGCUCCGCAGGAGAUCUACAGCGAUCAAGGCACUAAUUUCCAGGGAGCAAGCAAGGAACUAAAGCAGCAGCUACUCAAGAUGAACAAUACUUUGUCCGAGACUUUCACAAACAAGGAUACUUCGUGGCGAUUCAAUCCCCCUUUGGCUCCGCACAUGGGUGGCUCAUGGGAGCGAUUGAUCCGAUCAGUGAAGAACGGAUUGAACACCCUUUCUACGUCUAGGAAUCCGUCUGAUGAAACCUUUUACACUAUGCUCGUUGAAGUCGAAUCAAUGGUCAACUCUAGGCCGUUAACUUACGUUCCAUUAGGCGCGGAAAAUGAGGAAGCCUUAACACCAAAUCAUUUUUUGCUGUUAACUUCAAGUGGAGUAGUACAACCGGCAAAGCAGCCCGUGAAUGCAGCAAUUGCUUUACGAUCCAACUGGGGUCAUGUGCAGCAGGUUCUGGACAGAAUUUGGACAAGAUGGAUAAAGGAGUACCUACCAACAAUUAGUCGCCGCACCAAGUGGUUUAAGGAUACGAAGCCCCUUGAAGUUGGGAACCUAGUGAUAAUUGUUGAAGAUGGGAUCAGAAACAGCUGGGUCCGCGGUAAGGUUCUUCGAACGUAUCCUGGAAAAGAUGGAAGAGUGCGUGCUGCUGACGUGCAAACCAGCGGUGGAGUACUACAGCGGCCGGCAUCAAAGUUGGCGGUUCUGGAUAUCGCCGGAAAUGGUAUAACUGAAGGAAGUCUCCAGCAAUACGGGUCGGGGAAUGUUGGCGAUAGUCCCCACCUUAUAUAA